AGCAGCGGCCCCAAUCGCUAUUUAUAAGAGCAAUCAUUGUCGGUUAGGUUAGUAACUCUUAGCUUAACCACCAGCAGGUGUUAGGUGUCAUGAAGUUUGUCGGGUUGUUUGUAAUAAGCGUCUGCUUGGCAGAAUGUGCGUUAUUGAAUGUACAGGAAUUAAGUGGUGAAAAUUUGAAUUAUGGAGCUUUACCAACAUACUCGGCCUUGAAGGAAUAUGCUUCUAAAUUGAACGGAAACUCGUUACUACAAGCACAGUAUGGAAAUAGCUUCUUUCCAUAUCUAACUGCAGACCAAAAUGCAAUUUCAUCACCAUAUUUAGAUUUUAUACGCCCGCAGUUUUCUGUUCCUUCCAACAGUGAAGUGUGGAAACCUGCUUUAUCUAAUGAGAAUAUUAUAAGCAAUUCCAACCUACACGCUGAAAAUACACAAAAUUCGUUUUCGGAAUCUUUGAAUCUACAACCACAACCAGCAAAUCCGAUUUCGGUUAUUAAUGUACCCCAAUCACCGCUGGAAAAGCCUACUGCAAUGUUAAAUAAUCCUCAAUCGCAACCACAAAAUCCGUCUAAUGUAAAUGUUCUUGCAAUACCACAAACUCCAACAGUGAACAUCCAGUAUCCCCCGUCAUCUCAAUUAUCUUCCAACAUACAAGCUUCUCCGACGCAACCACAGAACCUUACUGCAAACGUCCAGCAACCACCGGCUCAGGAAAUUUCUUCCAGCAAUAAAUUUCCGCAGUCGGGACCACAAACUCCAACAACGAACGUUCAAUAUCCACCGGCCACGGAAUUAUCUUCCACCAUAAAACUCCCGCAACCGCCACCACAAACCCCAACAACGAACGUUCAGAAUCCACCGUCCCCGGAAUUAUCUUCAACAAUAAAACUUCCGCAACCGCCACCACAAACUCCAACAGCGAAUGGUCAGUAUCCACCGUCCUCGGAAUUAUCUUCAACAAUAAAACUUCCUAAACCACCGCCACAAACUUCAACAACGAACGUUCAAUUAUCUUCCAACAUACAAUUGCCUCAGCCGCCAAAAGCUCAGAGUAACGCUAUCAAUCGUCCGGCGCCUUUAAGUAGCAUUGGACAAAACCGUCCAAGGCCACCAGUUUCCGGAAUUCAAGGGUAGGGAUUUCAGUUCUUAUUUUACUGAAGUGUGUCGCUCUCCAGAUUAAUCGUUUAAGAAAAAAAAAAAUAUUUAAUUAUUGUUUGUUUAUCUUCUCUCUCAAAGAAAUUAAUAUGUUGAAGUAUUUCUCCUGAAGUUUUCAUGAUCAUCUUGUUUAUUGACAAAAUUAUCUGUUAUUGCUUAAUUAAUUUAAUUCGAAACGCCAAUAUUCAAUUUUAGAAAUAUAAUAUUAUUUGAAACUUGA